CACAGACCACAAUGCGUCAACGUCACUCCAAAUAAGACGGGCUUCUUCUUCCAAACGCCAACAACGCGAUCGCACAAGUCGACAAUCACCAUGGCGCCAACCCUCUAUCCCCGCGGUACUGUCAAGAAGAUUGUCAAAGCUCAUGCAAACCGCACACUUGGCAAGAAUGUCGAUAUCCUUAUUUUCCUCAACUACGCGUUAUUCAUGCAAGAACUCAUCAAUGAAGCGUCCAUCAAGAGCAAACAAAACGGAGAAAGAGGCUUGUCGGCGCGAAGUGUGAAGAAAGUCAGCGAGGGUUGUUUGAGAAGGUGCAAGGGCUAGGUCGGCCGGAUGUGUCGAGUAUCUGCAAGAUUGGCGUUUUUGGAGUCUGGGUCGGGUACAUAUGAAUACGAUACCCUAGGUUAGGUUGAGAAAGGAGAAGA